CUGCGAAUACUGUUCCCACAUAUAGCUCUUCGGAAUUUUAAAGUUUUGAGUCGAAAAUAAUAAAAAGAUAAUUAAAAAAGUGUAACAGACGUGUAGCUGAGAGAAAACACUAUCGAGUGAUGUUAUUAUUAAACAUGUAAGUGGAAAAUAUGUUUAAGUUUUUCACUAUAUAAGACAAAAUCAAGGACACCGAUAUCUAAAAUCAAAACAAAAACUGUACGGUACGACUGGAAUGCCCACUUACGUGAGAAUAGACAUUUUAUCAAUUUACUUGCGCAUGCAAAUCGUACGAUACUUCAUUGUGUAUGGACCGUGCUUUAAUGUUGUAAAUCUUGACAUUCAGCAGCGCUAUCUUUUGGCAAAUAAUGGAAUCAGCUGAGGGCCCUCUAGGAACAAGAGAAGAGAGAAGUGAAAAUAACCUAUACAAUUCCGCGACUCCAUUUCCCAUGAAUGUUGUGAUCUUUUUCAAUUUCCUCUUAAUUGCAAUAUUGUAAGGCCCUAGUGCAUAGAGGCAUUCCUUUUAAUAGAAGACGAUGUCCAUGAACUCGACUUCCGGACCCGAGGAGCCCCCGGCUGCCGAUAGAUCCACCGAAUCAUCAAGCAGCUUGAAACCAAACUAUAAACUGAAAUAUACGCUAGCUGGACACACCAAAGCAGUUUCGUCGGUAAAAUUUAGCCCAAAUGGAGAUUGGUUGGCAAGUUCAUCGGCUGAUAAGUUGAUUAAAAUCUGGGGCGCCUACGAUGGCAAAUUCGAGAAAACUUUGAAGGGCCAUAAGUUGGGCUUAAGUGACGUAGCUUGGUCGACCGACAGUCGUUUGUUAGUCUCAGCUAGUGACGACAAAACUUUAAAAAUCUGGGAUUUGGUAUCCGGAAGAUCGCUCAAAACUUUGAAAGGUCACAGCAACUACGUGUUUUGUUGCAACUUCAAUCCGCAUUCCAACCUUAUAGUAUCUGGUUCGUUUGAUGAAUCUGUCAGGGUAUGGGACGUGCGCACCGGAAAUUGUCUCAAAAUUCUUCCAGCUCAUUCUGACGUUGUCACUGCAGUACAUUUCAACCAAGACGGUUCUCUGAUUGUUAGUGGUAGCUAUGAUGGAUUGUGUCGGUUGUGGGACACUGCCUCUGGCCAAUGUUUGAAGACACUGAUCAAUGAGGACCAUGCCCAAAUUUCCUUCGUCAAAUUCUCGCCAAAUGGGAAAUUUAUUUUAGCUGCUACUCUAGAUGGAACCUUGAGGUUGUGGAAUUAUGGCAAGGAUAAGUGCUUGAAAACUUACUCUGGUCAUCAAAACGAGAAAUAUUGCAUUUCGGCAAACUUCUCUGUGACGGGAGGAAAAUGGAUUGUUAGUGGAUCGGAAGAUAAUAUGGUUUAUAUUUGGAAUUUGCAAACGAAAGAAAUUGUACAGAAAUUAGAGGGUCACACAGAUGUAGUGCUUUGUACCGCAUGCCACCCAAUUGAAAAUAUAAUCGCAUCGGCGACUUUGGCACACGACAAAACAAUAAAACUUUGGAAAAGUGAUUGUUAACUUUCAGCUUGAAAGUAUAAUUAUUAAGGUCUCGUUAGUUUCGUAUAAAUUUAAGUUAUUAGUUUUGUAUUUUUUUUUACGUUUUUACUUUUUGUUUGUUUAAAAAGUCUGCAUUUUUUCAAAUGGGAUUGAGAACCAAAAGUCGAUUGGACCCAUUUUAAAUGUGGGAAUCUGUUUUGAAAUUUUACUCUUGUUCAUUAGUCAGGAAAAUGCUUCAUUUAAAAAAUGCUAGCUUUUUGAAUUAAUAUUAUGUAUUAGCUCGAGUUGAAAUUGAUAAUUCCGGAAGAAAAUACAUUUUUUAGUUUAUUCGUCAAUACACUCAGUUGCAUUGCAUAAAUUUCAAUAAAUGAAUCAUUGGGCUAUUGUUGGAUUAGUGAUAGUAUUGAUAUUAAUGUUAAAAUAGGUAUAGUAUUUUUAUAUAAUAUAGUUUUCAAAUAUUAUGUAAAAGCGAGUGUAAAAGCCUGUUUUAUUUGUUUUUUCAAGAAAUAAAGGUUCAUAAAUAGGUAUUUAUUAACAAAUUAUUCAUUAUUUAUUAUCGUGUCAUUUGUUUUUUUUUUAUUUUUCGGCAACGUUGGGCUUUUAAACUUUCUGCUUAAAUUAAAUUUUAGGUUACACUCUCUCUAUCUGCCUUAGAUACAUUAGCAGUGAGGUAAAGGAAUGAACAAACAAACCACAUUCAAAAUAUUGUGUUUUAUGAAGAGGCUGACAAGCCAAGUUGCCGUAAAAAUUGCUUUAUGAUCGCUCAUUCCUGGAUCAAGGGAAGGGUAAUGUACCCCUUCAAAUUUGUGAAGGCGUAAUCUAGCCCUUAUUUUGAGGUAGAUGUUACUCUGCAUUAUGCCUUCUGAUAUUGAAACUAGUAAGUAAAUUUCUUAGAUCAGUGGCAUCCUUAUACCGGUACUACCUCAUUAAAUCAAUAUUUAAAUUUCC